AUGCAAAGGGUUCGAUUAUCAUCCCAACAGGCACUGGUACAUAAACUGGGGGAUUCUCAGAUUACAUUAUCCCCCAAGUUUAGAGUAGCUGUGAUCCAAUCUUCUUUGUUAAACCCUUCACCUGAGUUUGAGUUGUCUCUGCAAUAUGAGCCUCUUAUUCCUGGGCUUCCUGAUGAUAUUGCAAUCAAUUGUCUUCUCCGCGUUCCAGUCCAGAACCAUGCAGCAUGCAGAGCCGUUUGUAAGAGAUGGCAUUUAUUGCUUGGUAAUAAGGAGCGAUUCUUCACGCGUAGAAAGGAAUUGGGUUUCAAGGAUCCUUGGCUCUUUGUCUUUGCUUUCCGCAAGUGCACUGGAAAGAUCCAGUGGCAGGUUUUAGACCUUACCCACUUUUCUUGGCACACUAUUCCUGCAAUGCCUUGUAAAGACAAGGUCUGCCCUCAUGGAUUUAGAUGUGUUUCAGUAGCUCAGGACGGUACACUCUUUGUUUGUGGUGGUAUGGUCUCUGACGUUGACUGUCCCCUUGACUUGGUCUUGAAGUAUGAGAUGCAAAAGAAUCGUUGGACUGUGAUGAAUCGGAUGAUUACAGCUAGAUCUUUUUUUGCUAGCGGGGUAAUUGAUGGGAUGAUAUAUGUAGCAGGAGGCAACAGCUCUGACCUUUUUGAGCUUGACUCAGCAGAGGUUUUGGAUCCUGUGAAAGGGAAUUGGCGUAGAAUUGCAAACAUGGGAACAAAUAUGGCAUCUUAUGAUGCAGCAGUUCUUGAUGGGAAACUUCUUGUGACAGAAGGGUGGUUGUGGCCAUUCUUUGUCUCUCCCAGGGGUCAAAUUUAUGAUCCAAGAACUGAUAAAUGGGAGAAUAUGGCUGUUGGAUUGAGAGAAGGCUGGACUGGUUCAAGUGUGGUGGUCUAUGGGCGCUUGUUUGUGGUGUCAGAGCUUGAACGAAUGAAGCUCAAGGUUUAUGAUGCAGAAACUGAUUCUUGGGAAACCAUAGAAGGGCCUCCCUUACCGGAACAAAUUUGUAAACCAUUUGCUGUCAAUGCUUGUGAUCGCAAAAUCUAUGUCGUGGGUCGGAAUCUUCAUGUUGCUGUGGGUCAUAUCUCUAGGCUGCAGCAAAAGGGGAUUUGUGAGAAAAAAUGGAGCUUCAGUGUUAGAUGGCAUGUGGCGGAUCCACCUGAUAGUUUCUGUGACUUGACACCUUCAAGCUCUCAGGUUCUUUUUGCUUAG